AUGGACAUGGACCGAAACCCAAGUGACGGACCGGACGAGCCACACGAAGAGGCGUUCUACGCAAUACUGACCACAACACUCAGCCGCGGCAUGGCCGAGGACCUCUGCCAACAUAUCCGCAACGACGGCUUGGGCGCCUUCUCUGACCAGCAUUGGGAGUUUGUACGGAGCCGCAAGGCACAUGGGUGGGGAUUCAGGAACCAUAGUCUUCAGAAUGAUAGUCACAUUGUUGCUACUGUCUCCCAUGGCAACCGUUGCCGCGUUCACGAAAGGUUCAAAAUUGAUGAGAGGAAAGCUCGGAAACGACCCGGGGCAGACAGGCCACACACGAUGAUCGUGCAGAAGGACGGGGGCGAGGUUCUUGUUGAGGGACUGAUGCCUUUCCAAGAUCGUUGGCUGUACAGCACCGUGUUGGAGGUUUUCCAGGGCUUCGAGGUGGCGUCGAUAUUCAAACUAGACACGCAUCAAACCGACAAACUCUCGUGUCUUGUCGAAUUUGUGAGACCCGGGGAGGCAGAGCGAGCAGAGGCACUAGCCAAUGGGGACGUGUACAAUGGGACAUACUUGGUGUGCAAGGUGAUAAAGCCCUCACGCGGGUUUCCAGGUUUCGGGCAGCAAAAAGCGGAACAUAUGGACCCGACUGUGAGGCUUUGA